AAGACUUUGGAAGAAGGAUUGGUGGACUGGAAAACUGACUUCUUCGAUUUUUUCCAUAAACAAAUUAAAGCGCAUCGUGAGAAAAUAGAUUUGGAUUCAGAUGAAAGUCAAGACUACGCAGAAGCCUAUCUCAAGGAACAGAAAAGAAGAAUUAAGGAUGGUGAUAAGGAAACGUUCAGUGAUAAACAACUAUCAAAUAUGUGCCUUGACUUGUGGUUCGCUGGAUUGUCAACAACAAGUAUCACACUGACAUGGACGAUUACCUAUAUUCUCCAUAACCCAGAUGUUCAAAAGAAGCUUCAUGAAGAAUUAGAUCGAGUGGUUGGAAAUAAUAGACUUAUCAGUACAAGCGAUAAACCCGAACUUCAGUAUAUGAAUGCAGUUAUCAACGAAUCUCAUCAAUGUGUCAACUUGGUACCUGUUAACUUAUUCCAUUGCACUUCACGGGAUACUGUACUCAAUGGAUACCAGGUUCCGAAAGACACUGGAGUCAUUGCUCAGAUUAGUACUGUGAUGUUAGAUGAGGAAGUGUUCCCGGAUCCAUAUAAAUUCAAUCCAGACAGAUUUAUCGAUGAAAAUGGGAAACUGAAGAAGGUCGAGGUGCUUUGCCCAUUUUCGGUUGGCAAGCGACAAUGUCUGGGAGAAGGACUCGCCAGCAUGGAACUAUUUUUGUUGGUUGCCAACUUUGUGAAUCGAUACAAGAUUAAACCAUAUGUGCACGGAUUGCCGUCACUGGAUAAGUCGAAAAAUGUGACCGUCGUACCAAGAAAAGUUGUGGCGAAGCUGAUAAGGAGACAUGUACAAAUUGACGGACUAUUUGUGAAAAACUAUUUUGAAUAA